CAAAAAAAUAUCAAAGAUAUAUUCAAGGGUGGUGCAAUUAAAGAAACGAUGGGACGCUUAAUUAGCAAAUUCUUCAUUUAUGAGAGCGUCGCACCCGCAAAAGCAAAGUCUCAUCACUUCAAGAAUAUGAUUAUUGGUGCACAACAAGCUGGAAUGGGAAUCGAACCUCCAUCUCCAUUUGACAUAAAGAACAAGUACUUGGAAAUGGAGUACAGAGAAAUGGAAGCUUAUGUGAACCAACAAAGAGAAAAAUGGAAGACAUAUGGGUGCACAAUAAUGUCAGAUGGAUGGACAGGGCCCACGAAAUUAAGUAUUAUUAAUUUCAUGGUUUAUUCUAAAGGGAGCACGGUCUUCCUUAAGUCAGUUGAUGCAUCGAACUAUAUCAAAGACCACAAGUAUAUAUACGACCUAUUGAAGACUGUUAUCAAAGAAGUCGGUAAAGAAAAUGUGGUCCAAAUUGUCACAGAUAAUGGGUCGGCGUUCAUGAAAGCAGGGAAACAAUUGAUGAAGAAGUAUAACUUAUACUGGACUCCGUGUGCGGCGCACUGCAUCGACUUAAUCUUUGAAGACAUUGGUAAAAGACCCAGUGUUAUCGAGGUGAUAAACAAUGCUCGCAAGAUAACUAACUUCAUUUACAAUCAUGGUUGGUUACUAGCACAAAUGAGACUGUAUUGUGGUGGAGACAUUGUUCGACCAGGAGCUACAAGGUUUGCUACCAAUUAUAUUGCUCUUGACAGUCUUCUUAAAAAAAUGGUCGAUUUGAAAAAAUUGUUUAUGAGUGAUGAUUGGGCACAACACAAGCUGAGUCGAACAAAACAUGGACGAGAGUUGGAGCAAUUAUUGUUUGACCAUGCGUAUUGGGACAGAAUGACAAAUAUAGUUUCAUUAUAUGAGCCAUUAUACGUGGUGCUUCGACUUAUGGAUUCUGAAGUUGUUCCCACAAUGCCAUUUGUGUAUGAGCUUAUGCACGUGAUGAAAACGAACCUUACGCGUCAAGGAGCUGGAGAUUGGAUAGGAUUCGGUGAUCGAGUGGCAAUUGCAGCAAGGUCAACCAUGGUGCCCGGUGAGUCUUUGUAG